GCAACAAGCAGAAACAGGCAUACAAUCCUGGAGAAACCAUCGCAUGCCGUACCCGACCCUGUCGAUGCUGUGUUGCUCUCGAUUGUACCAACGCGGGCCAUGGAUGCUUCGUGCCCUUUCUGACCGCGCGCCGGUCAGAUGGUUUCCUUUCGAUUUUUUUUUGUUUUUUGUUUUGGUUGUUGUUUGGGCCAGGCAAAUGAGCAGCAUUGAACUUCGCGCCGAGCGUGUUGCAUCGGGAGAGCCAUUACUGGUAGAUCCCUGGUGCAGCUGCUUACCAUCGAAAAGGGGUUUGGGGGAUAGCGUGCGUGUGUGUUUGUGGGUGUAUGCGUAUGUCUGUUGCUUCCUCGCUGCCGAUGAGAGUGUGCGAUGAUCGGCAAACGGUAGGCAAUGGGGGAUGUGCGUGUGUGUGUGAGUGUGAUUGCAGUUGGAGGGUCCAACUCCCGGACGCACCUCGGAAUAUCUCUUCCAGCCCGAGUGACGACCGAUACGAUUCUCUCCCAUAUACCGACGUCCACUGCGCUGCGAUCUCCGGGCAGCUCACGCAACAAACCUCCAAACAAAAACAAAAAAACCCUCCCCCCGGAGAGCGAAACGGGGCCAACUAUCAACCGACCGUGGGCAGAAGCGCCGGGAAAAGAGCGGAGGUGUAGGCGAGUUGGUCCGGGUUGCGUUUGACUGCAUAUAAGGCGGCCACACGGCCGACAAGCGUUAUUCCAGUGCAGUGUCUCGUGCAGUGCGUGCAGUAGUGGUGCAAGUGCAGUCGCUGGUGCGUUUGCUACUUGUCAUAGCGUCGGUUGGUUUGGUUCGCUCGGUUAUAGUUCUGGUGUCGUGCAAACUCCGGGCUUCAGUACCAUCUGUUGCAAGUCCAGUACAGUGACGAUAAACCAGAGUGAUCGAGUGUAGAUCAGACCAACCGAACCACUGUGUGUGAAUUGAUAGUGCACAACCAACUGUACGGCGGUGGAUGGAGUAGAGUGGACGGACGGCGCCAUGCAACACGCUUGAUUCAGUCGUCUGGAUACAUGAGGGGGUGACAUCGAGAUGGGCCAGGGGCUCGAACCGUCAACUACAGAUCUCUUUCUGUUCUCCCGGUCGCAGCCCCCCCAGCUUCCGUCUCGUACCGAUUUCUUCGAGCGAUCGAAGAAGCAAGCGCAUACUAGGGACAACAACCGAGGUAGUAGCAGCAGCAGCAGCGAGGGAAGAAGCGGCAGUGUUGCGAGUGACUGUAACGAACCGAACGGCGUACGGUUUGCGUUGAGUGGAUGCAGCAAUAGCCACUGUCCGGUCGAAACUUGUGCACAGUCCACAGGUGCAGUUGUCCAUCACGCACAGCGACGGUGGCCGCCGGUAGUAACGUACAACUCACACUACCAACUACCUGCUGCAGUACAUCAGUGCGAUUGGCGUACGGUGGAUGUCAUUCGUUUGACGUAAUUCUUCAAAAACUUUCAUGAGUUUUCAACUAACGCACAAACGAUGGAGUUUGGCUAGGAAUGCAACGCCGUCAGUGAUCAGCAGCUAAGGUGUAAAAAUCUCGUUCCGGAUUGAGAGUGAAGGCAGAUGUAGUAGUGAAAACGCACAUACAACACACACAAACACACGGGUGACCGAACUCCAAAAACUGAACACAAGCUGCAGCAGCAGUAGCAGCAAACAACUGAAGACGACUAUCGCAGACGCAUUCACAUCACAAGUCCCAGUAAAGGAUUUGAAGCCAGCGGCAGAUAAGAAUACAAAAAAAAAAAACCAUCACCAGACACCGUCAUCGUCUGGACGGAUAUUCCGACUAAACCAUCCUUCAGCAUCCGACUUGUUAUAGUUCCCGCACAACACCUAACAGGCAGGCACUCGACGAGGAGCAGUUCCACGGUGGUACGUGGUAGGCGUUGGAAGAGGCACCAUCAAGCUGAACCAGUACACCGAACCCGUACCUCUCCGUGGAGUCUUUUAGAGUGCUUGCUGUCCCAUCCACUUCAACAGCAAAGUAAUCUCAACCUGCUAUGACUACGUGAUCCAGCGUAGUCAGAUCAAAAAUCUUCACAAACACAAUAUCUUUGUAAGAUUCUGUUACGAUACCGGGGAACUACUUUUUUGUUGCUGUGAACUUCCGGGCUCUUCGACUGCUAUCAUCACUUUGGACCUAUCUGUUACGCUCUUUGUCUGUUUUUGUGAAGACAUCCACCGUAGUCAACUUGUUGGCCCGAGUUUGAAACUAGCGGCGUCAAAUCUGCAUUGUUGGGGAUAUCUGGACAUCUGGCGUGAACCCGCAAAGAAGCAGUCCAAUAGAACAGAUCACCCAAUACCCAUAAUCGAAACCACCAUACAACCAGUCCCGUAACAAACAUCCACUAUCAAUAACAAUCACGGCAUAUUGACGCAAGGUGUUCCAGCCCUGUCACGGACGUGAACUGCACACGCCUGGUGUGACGGAAACAAGCACACGAACACACACGCACACGUAAAGAUACUGGCAAUGGCAAUGGAUCCUCCCGAUGUAGUUCUAUCGCCGGAACGUGAGGCAGUCGGUAGCAGCAGUAAGACAACGCCGGCAGCACUACUACAGCUGCAGCACCGGGCCCAUCCACAGACACCACCGGCUGCCUUCCAUCUAGCCGGUGAUGGGCACCAGCGUUCGGUAGUGUUACUGCAGCAGUCGUCCACCACUACAUCGACCGCAACGUUGGCGACGGUAACGGGUCCGUCCAGUAGCAGCGUUGGCAGUGCUGGUGCUGCGCAGCUCACCAGCAUUGCCGUGCCGACGGCAUUGCUAGCCUCUGCCGGACAGCUGCAAUCGGUAGCGGGCGGUUCGAACAGUUCGGCUGCCGCGACUCCUUCCAGCCUGACGGGUACGAACGUUUCACAGCCAGCGCCACCUAUCGAGCGGUUGUCGCGUCCCAUGGCAUUCGACAAGAUGGAAUCACUAGUGCGUGAGAUGCAAGACUCGGAGAACGGUGUACCAGUACGCAGCCAGAAACUGUUCCUAACGUCGAUUCCUUCUGCGUUUAUGGGUAUGUUUGCGGACGAUGGAGUACGUCACCGUAGCCAGGUCUUUAAUCUGUGCUUCUUGUGCAUUUUCUCCGCAGGAUACGACCUGAUAGAAUGGUUGAUGGAGCGAUUAAGCAUCGAAGAGUCGGAGGCACUGAACAUAAGUAAUCAGCUGUGUCAGCACGGUUACUUUUUUCCCGUCUCCGACUCGAAGACGCUGAUGGUGAAGGAUGACUCCUCACUGUAUCGCUUCCAGACGCCGUACUACUGGCCCUGGCAGCAGAAAGCACCCGAUCAGAUCGAGUACGCAAUCUAUCUGGCGAAGCGGUCGCUGCGCAACAAGCAGCGCCACGGCCUGGAGGACUACGAAACCGAGGCACUGGCCAGCCUGCACAAGAACCUCAAGGGCAAGUGGGACUUCAUACUGAUGCAGGCGGAGGAGCAGGUGCGGUUGGCGAAGGAUCGGAAGAAGGGCGAUAAGAUCGUGGGCGAUUCGCAGGAGCGUGCGUACUGGCGGGUGCAUCGACCACCGCCGGGACAGUUCACACCGCUCGAGCCGUGCCCGAUACCGUCCCGUGAUCGGCAGGGUAAACCGCGCAAGCGCACGGUCGAGGACUGGCAGCGCGAGGUCGACAUCCUGAAGGCGUCGCUCGGCCGGAACCGUGUGAAGAUGUCGCAGGCGUGCGAGAGCCUCGUCGUGUACUACGAAACGUUCAGCGAGUACGAUCCGAUGAUGCAGCCGCCGCUACCAUCGAACCCGUGGGUGACGGAGGACGUAAGCUUCUGGCAGCUGAACAACCCGGUCGUGGAGAUACCGACCGAGAAGCGCGUCAAGCGCUGGGGUAUCUCGAUCGAGGAGGUCGUGUCGGACCCAACCGGGCUGCAGGAGUUUACGCACUACCUGAAGAAGGAGUACUCGCACGAGAACAUACGCUUCUGGAUGGCGGUGAACGACCUGAGACGUUCCUCUCACUCGCAGAUAUCGCGCAAGGUGAAGGAAAUCUACGAAGAGUUCCUGGAGCCUGGUGCACCCUGCGAGAUCAACAUCGACGGUAAAACGAUGGAGAAGGUACAGCAGGGUCUAAAGAAUCCGUCCCGAUUUGCGUUCGACGCGGCGGCCGAACACAUCUACAUGUUGCUCUUGAAGAAGGAUUGCUAUCCACGGUUCGUGCGCUCGGAACACUACAAGAGCCUGAUGGUGAACGCGAUCCAACCAUCGCUCAAGAAGCGUUUCUUUGGCUUUGGUGGUGGUGCGAAGAAGAAGGGUUCAACCUCGACCGCACCGAAUCCAUCGAUGCUUACGCAGCCAUCUUCCGGACAAUCAGGAUCGGGCAACGUAAACAGUCUGUCCAAACGACGCGGUAGUGACCGCAGCCUAUCGGGAUCAGCGCACGAGCUAGCGAUAUCGGGCGUGAAGGAUUGUUCCAAAGUGCCACAUUCUCAUAGCCAAAGCAAUCUGAGUGACAUUCCCUACAGCGUGUCGAUCUACCGUGGUGAUAUGCCGUCCGGUGUGUACGAGGGUGUCUCGGCAUCAUCCAGUAGUACACCCGUGCGAGGAAACGUACGCGUGACAGGUGGAAAGCAACAGGAGAUGAACAAAAACCUAGGAACUACACUGGAGGUAACGUUGGAGGGUUCAGUAUCGGGAUCGUGUGCCGUAUGCCCUUGGGACACGCCCGUCAUCGAGAAACCGGCCUCGGAUAGCUCCGUCUCGGUGUCUGUAUGUCCGUGGGACAGUGCCGAUGCAAAACUCCCACCAAAGGCGGAACCUUUGUAUCGUUUGUACAGCAACAGCAAGCUGAAGCAGCACAGCGAUCUACCGCACAGCACUACCGAGAUAAGCGAAGUGUCCGAACGAAUGAAGAGAUCGUGCGGUUUGCGCCAAAACACACUCGACGGUGACUUUCACAGCACCAAACGUUUGGCACCGGUUGUGACCGAACAGCGACGGGCUUCCAUGACGAUGGCUCCGAGAUUGUCGGAUCUACAAUUCUGUAUGCGUGCUAACUCCACCGGUAGCGGUGCGACACCACCCGACAGUACUGCUUGCUUGGCGAACCUGCAACAACAGCCGCAACAGCAGUACCUGCAGCACCAGUCGUCGAUCCGGAUCUCGCAAGGAUCGCUCUCGACGAGCUUCGAGGAGAAGGAGGAAGGGUCCGGGACCUCUUUGUGCCACAUUCCAGAGUCCGUCCCGGUUCCGGCCAUCUCCAAGGAGACCGUUGCACCGGCUGCGGAUGGUACCACGCACCGAGAGCGAUUGCAGGACCGUCACCGGCAAAGGUCGGGCGAGGAGGGUGGCGAGGGUGGGAGCAGGAGUGAGGGUAGCGAUGUUGGAGCUACCAGAGCACGCGACGGCGCCAUACAGCAACCAUCGCCAGGCACUGUCUGCAGUACGGGUACUAUCUAUGCUGCGCCGGCAGACACCGCCGGCACGGCAGCAGCACAACACACAGUGGUGGCGGUGGACAAGGUGCAACAGAAAACAUACGGUACGGGCAGCGUCCCAGCAACUACAAAAGCGGUGUGCCACACACCGACUACUACUACUAUAUGCACAUCGUCGGCUGGUAUAGGCGGCGGCGGCGGCGGCAGCAGCAGGGAGACGAUCGGUGCGAACAGUCAACGUCCGACGAACGUAGACACUGCACCGGAAUCAACCACCAGCACACCUAGGAUAAGUGUAAUCUAUGCUAAUACACCGGAAGAAGAGGAGGAGGAGGAGGAGGAGGUGUUGGAGGAGAAUGCGCAUGAAGCGGAGGGAAUGAACAGAGUCGGGAAGGAGGAGCAGGAGGGGGAAGGAAAAGCUAUUGGGAAGCAGCAAGUGGUAGACCUCUAUCGUAUGCAAUCGCUCGACAGUAGCGCUAGUAGAGGCGCGGACAGGCAUACCAGCGUAGCGGCCGACGGUGUCAGCAGGCCUGAGCAGCACCACACUGCUGGCAUGAGCAGUACGGCGGCUAGCGUAGCAACGCAAACGAUCGACGUGCUGCAGGGCGACGCAGGGCAAGACAUGUCACCGCUCACCGAGGUAGAGGACGGGUUCUAUGUCGAGACGCUCCGGCAGCAACCUCACGGCCCCGGAGGACUCGACACCAGCGAGUACGACAUCAUCAUGGAAGGUGGUGAUAGCGGUUUGCUGCCGGGUUGCGUCGCACCUGCACCGACACCCGCCCCAUCGAUUGCGCCGCUGGCCGAGGUAGAGCUGGACCCACCGGACGACGAGGCGGACGUGGACGAGCCCGAGCAGCAGCAGCAGCAGCAGGAGCAGCCGCGCCAGUCGACAGAUCCACCGGAGCCACCGUCUGGCACGUCCGGUACGGCGACGGUCGUUAUAGUGGACGAUCUGUCCAAACGCCGCAAGCGCAAGGAGCGCAGGGAUCGAGGUCAGGAGCCGGACACGAUUCGUGCACAGAAGAGCGAGGAGGAGAACAGCGAACGGAAGGGCGACGCCGUUUGCCCAUGGGACGAUGAAGGAGAAUCAGCAGCGGAUGACGCACCGUACGUGAAGACUUACUCCACCCUGGGAUAUCUGUAGAUAGUUUUGCUCUGAGCCCGAGACACUAUCACGGAGUGUGCGUGGAGCAAGUGUAGCACUAAUGUGUGAAUUGAAAAAGCACACUCACACAUAUGCAUCGUCGGCUGCUGAGCAGCGGGUGCAAGAUCGUUGGAAUGACCCUAAAGCAUCAUGUAUUGGAGAGAGAGAGAGAGUGAGAGAGAUAGAAGUGUUGCCAUCGUGCUGCUGCUCUAUUGCUUACCCAGAGCUAUAUUGAGUCAAUGUCACCAACAUUACUGUCCACCAGUUGGAUGUUUAGUUGUCAUCAGUUGCAUUUUUGAUUUUUGUUAUACGUGUGUUAGUAAUCAAUCGCAAUUCCUACGUUUCCGUUCCUGCACAGAGACUUUUGGAUGGGUUUUCUGCCAAGAUGGCCUUUGUUUGCCGAGUUUUGUUGCUAACUUUUUGUGUGUUACAGAUAGUAUCAAACUGUUUGUAACACAUGCUUACCCAUACAUGCCUGUUAGUGUUAGAUGUACGCGAAAGUGACGCCACCUGGUACGUCUUGCAGGCCCGAUAUUGAUUCCCGUGCGUGUCGUAUACAGCUGCGCAAGUUGACUUAGAUAGGCGGUCGAGGGUCGCGAGACGUUCGAACACCCUGGACAUGGACGAUGUAGAUAGGCUGUAAAUUAUCGAUCACUCUUGCGACUUGCGGCGGUAGCUUACUGUGAAGCGAAGGCAUUGUUAUACUACGCCCCGAAAUGUAGUAUAUCAGCAUGCCCCCCCCGUGCACUACGGCUACAUGCCCAGCAAGUCGUUCAAUGUGCGAUCUUUACCUACCUAUCUGCGACUCCCUAUCCGUUACACGCUGCAGGAGCCUGUCGUUUGUGGAACCAAUCCAACGUAUUGUCAACCUGCCAAGCUAUUUGCACACGCCGGUGCAGGUGGUCAUGCGUGUCAGAUUUGUGCAGUGAAGUGAAGCCAUUUUGUAUGUUUAAGUAAGCGUCUCGGUUUGCCUCGGCGCUAACCGGGUGUACAUCGCAGAUAGCUAAAAGAAGCAAAGAACAAAACAGCACUCUUUUAGCACUUAAUAUCAGUCUUCCGAUUCGAGAGUGAUUUAUAGCGCGUACGAAGGAUGUGCGGUGCGCAUAGCUAUACGAAGACUCAGGACAACCCAGUUGAGGUGCAAUAAAUUCAAUAUCUCAACGUGUUUACUCAUAGCAUACUCGUACUCGUAAUCUUAGCAUUGCACACCCCUUGUAUGGGUGUAUUAAUUACCGGUUACAAUAUUAUACAAUAUCCCACCCGUUACUAGGAGCGGGUUACAUAUAAACAUAGCGCAUUACUCAAGUAGAACGUUUAGACAGAGGACGCGGAAGGAUCGAAUCAGCUGUAUAAGUGCGAGGGAAAGUUUGAUAGAAGCGGGGUAAUAGAUACAGCUGGUAGACAGGCAACUUAUCAGCUUUAUAUACCACUUGUUUUGGUACGGUCGCGUCGGUAGUUCAGUGAGGGCGUAGAACGCGUAAUGUAGAAUAGUCUGUUGCAGUCUAUAGCUAACAAACUAAGCUCUUUGCGUUCCCGUUCGGUUGAGGUUUCUUCGGUUGGUUUACACUCAGUACACCCACAAAAUAGCCAGGUUAUUAGGAUUUGUUGUGAUUUUUUCACCGUAUGAAUGGUACACUUCAUACACUUUGGUGAACAUCUCUUCCCUGCGGGGCACCCAUCAAAAUGUUGCUUUUCGGUUGCGUACCGUUUCAAGGAUUCACGAAGGAAUCGUCUAGCAUCAACGUUCUUAACCUUGGGUUGAAAUGGGUUUGUACAGCAAAGCAAUAGAUUAGCGCUACGUUUCACCAACCAUACGUUUUGGGAUUGGUUGUUUGAUUUUGGAAACCAUCGUAGGACACCAUCGUAGCAAUGGGUCACUACAGUGUUCACACGCAAUAUAGAGUAUAGGUCACAUCGUUCACCCUUUCAUUCAGCACAGUACGAAUGCUCAUCUUGUUUCACCCUUCUAUCACUUUAAUCGACAACAUCGCUACCGCUCGGAAAGCCAGAGCUGCUGGGAGAAGCUGGAUCUGGAUGAUGCGUGCGUGAUUGUCUACAUUUAGGCGUUCCAAAUUUAAAUCGCCCGUUACGGGGGGCACCAAUACUCCACUCUAAUCAGCAGUACAUAUCGAGAACCAUACUAAAAAGCUUCACCUUUACCAUCUCAUCAUCAGAAGACUUAAGGAAAAGAAAAUCACACAAGCAAAACAACUACUUCAACAGAACAGCAAAGCAAAAUAAAAAAAAAAAAACCAUCGCAAUAAUACACCGUAGACGGUUGUAAGCAAAUCUAGUAACCGAUGCCUCUAGUCAACCGAUAUGCAAUACAGACUGGCAGCAGCAGUGCAACGCGCAGUCCGGAAUCAAACUAUCUCAAGUAGUGUUAAGAGCUUUACUUAGCGCACUAGUAAUGUAGGGUUCAACACACACACACACACACACACACACUAAAUGCCUAGAGGAAUGGCCAUGGUUGCAGCUACCGUGGAUACACGUAGGGUACAACAGUUCUUUUGCGUUUUGCCGGUUGUAUGUAAUACUUUCGGUAAACAGGAGUAGUACACAGGCCAGGGCAGUAUGGUUUUGCCGGUUGCAGCUCGUACAGCAGGUGUCUUUCAUGUUUAGAACUUAGAGCUGACAACAACUGAUGGGCACACGUUUUAUAGCAAACAAACGGAGUGUCGAUUGUGUUGUUAUAAACAUGUGGACACUUGCUGUAUGCCACUGUUGCAAACGCUGGCGGUAAUUUGGGAUUGAGCUUUGAAUGCUUUCCAAAGCUUAGGUUUAUGCAGACGGGAAUCGGUAUCGGGGUUUGGGGAUUGGUUUAGCCUGGUUGGCUUUCGCGGAUUUUGACACCUCGGCUCUUUUAGCUUUCGCGCUUUAUUUUAAUUUUGUUUUUGUUAGCUUUUCGCUGUGCGGUGUGUUUAAUUUAACACACAUUUUUGAUUUAUAAAAAUAUUUAAAUCUUACUUCAAAAUUGUGAUAACUGACAGUGAACCGUGACAAAGAUUCGAUAAUGGGUCGCCUAGAAGUAUGCAAAACGGUUGCAAACUCACCACUAAUGUGAUCGCUCUCACCCUCUCUCUCUCUCUAUUUGGCGCGUGUGAUGCCGUCAUGAAACGUUUGUAUGUGUGUGUUAAAGUUGUAUACAAAAUGAUUGAAUCCAGUCAACGGACCCAUCAUCACCACAAUUCACCAUUUGCUACACACGUGCUAUUUGGAACACGCCUUCAAGGUCACGGGUCACGGAAUAUUUGACAGCUGUCAAAUUACGUUAUUUAUUUUUAUUUACAUUUUCUAGUAUGACGGCUUGGCGCGGUAUUGACAACAGCUGUCAAAUUGUUACUCAAAAAAAGGUUAAAAGGUUAAAGGUAGAAAGGUUAUAUUCUUCCCUUUUUAAUUAGGACCAAUGUACUGUGAUUAACUUAAUAGUUUCUACAUAAAUAUUUAAUCUUGAAGUAUUUUUUUAAUGCAGAAAAAUAAUUGGCGAUUUUAUUUAAAAAAAAGUUCUAAAUGCCAUUGAGUAAGAUAUCAAAAUUUAUUUAUUUUCGAGAUUUUUUUGUUGUAAAAUUCAAAUUUCACCUCCAAUAACGUUAAGCUCCUGGCCGGCGGCCUAGCCCAGUGGUUGAGGAGGACGAAGCGAACGUGUGUAUCGACGCUGUCUGAACGGUACGUACGAACGAAUGGGAUGGAAAGAGUACAAUAAUUGUUAAUGAUGGCUAGGAGGGGGGAAAAAAAACGGUUAAGCAAAGCUACAGAAGGAUAUGGCAAAGGCACAAUAGAAUGGCGAAGCGAAGAGAAAAGAUGCAAGACAAAACUACUUAAGCAUAAUCCCAAUUUUCUCGAACAAUAGAUGACAAACAAACAAACAAAAAAAGAGAUGUCUGAUUAACACACUUCAUAUUAAUCCAUGUGAAUGGUUGUUGUUUUACAUAUAAAUCCGUGGAAGCAAGAAAGAGGAGGAGGAAGAAGAAGAAAUCUACAUUCAAAUAAGCAAACGCGCACACACACACAAACACACAAACAUGCAAAAACACUACGAUGCUGUUUUCUAUUUACCCGAUUGCUAAUGUUGAAAAACAAAAAACAAAAUAGAACAAAUCUACAGGAGAUAAACCGAACAAAAACCCAUCAUUAAAUGUAACAACACACAACAAAACACACACACAUACAAAAAACGCGUAAAAUUGGUUAAAGCAGUAAGAAGGCAAACGGUACACUUUCGUACAGUAAAAAUGAAAGAAGAAGAAGAAGAAGGAAAAUGGGAAAAAGAAACGGAUCGAGAAUGAAAACGAAAGCUCAAGCUCAAGUAGGAAGAAGAAAUUGGAAAACAAAGCAAAAACAAAGAAACCCCAAACUGAUUGUGAACCAAUCCGUACAACCGUAUUUGUGUGUAUGUAUGUGUGUAGUAUUUAGCUGUUUUUUGGGCCGAUUCGAACGUGGAAAUAAUACAAAUGGAAUGCAAAAACAAAACCCCCCCGAAAAUCAUCUUCUCACACACACACAUUGGCUAAACGUCUUGCUAAACACGCAAAGUCCCCGUUCGGGAUUUGCCUAUUAAUCAAUCAUAAAUAUCUUAAACGCAGUAAAAACACCCCUUUUUCUAGCCAAGUGUUGUUUGCUGGAAAUGGAUAAAGUUGGGCAUGAAACGGGCAUCGAUUGAAGUCACAACAGGGCCAUUGAAGUCUGGCUGACCAUGUUUGCUGCUACAGAUAUAAGAGCUCAGUCUUUGCUGCCCUUAUUUUCUCUUUUAUCUUCUUAUCCUUUGUCUUAUUAAACAUAUGCUUUUUUCAUUUCCCUUUUUCUUCCUCUUUUAACUGUUUUCUUCGCGUUAUCCUUUCUAUUUUCCUUUUUUUCUCUUUCUCUUUCUCUUUCUCUUUCUCUUUCUCUUUCUCUUUCUCUUUCUCUUUCUCUUUCUCUUUCUAUUUCACGUUUUCUUUCUCUUUCGCUUUAAUUUUGUUUUAAUUUUCUUAUACAAUCCUGAUUCACUUUAUACUCCCUUUUUCAACUUCUGCGAUCAGUUUCUCAUCUGACAGCUGUUAUAAAUGUGUGAGAAGAGCGAUAAAAGAUAACGAGUGAGAACAACAGCACAAAACGGAAGCAUAGAAUUAUUAACAAAUCAAAGCAAACAUGAACAAGAAAAACAAAACAAAACAUCAUGCCCAAUAGUAUUAUUGCUAAUGGAAAAGAGACUGUAGCAAGCAGCGAAGAAAGGAAGAAGAAACGGUAAUGCGUUGAAAAGUGACACAGCACGAAGUAACGAACGUAUGGAAAACAUGCCACCGGUUAGGAAGUAUUUGAAUAAUCACACUGGAUGCAUACUCAGCUAUACCCUAUUGCACUACAACGUUUAGCCUGUCUGUAAGCGUAUUUGUUAACUUCAAACCUUUGGUCAAGAAUGGACAAGAUGGAUGAAGAAAAAAAAGCAGCCUAAUUAGAAAAUGGAACAUCAGAAAACAGACUUUUCAAAACGUAAAUACUAGACGGUAAAAAACAACCAUGAAAAACAAAGAAGAACACAACGUCUUUAAAAGGGUAUUAUUAUAGUACAAUGAGUAAUAAAAUCUAUCAAAAAAUGUAAAAAAAAACUCGAGGAAAGAUUAACAAAAGAAGGAAAACGAAAAGGAAAAAGAGAAGAAAAGAGAGAAAGUAAAGAAGGAAAACAGAUGGCAAAAAGUUAAAAAAAACAGGACAAGUAAAGGGAUCGAUUAGACGAAAUUGGUGAAUUUAUUAAAUUGUUACAAAAUUCCAAGUCUAAGUGUUACAAAAAAAUGAAAAACUAAAACAAAAAAUUAUUCGAAAACAAUAGCUUCAUUGGGAGGUUUAGCAAAACAAAACAAAACAAAAAAAAAACAUAAAUUUAGGGGUGGGCAAAUGAAAAGGUAGGUUUAGCUAAAUUAUGCGUUUUACGUUUUACCAUCGGUAAAUUGAACAUUUUUGCGCUUUUUUUUCGGGUAUGGCAAUACUUUAGAGAGAGAAAGAGAGGAAAAGAAAAGAAUGUGACACGAAAACGAUGCGGCAUACAAAACAAUGUUAUCUUACACACACACACAACACACACACAUGUGCACGUGAGUCGGUGCGUGAAGGGUUAAAACGAGUGAUAGUGAUAGUGCGUAAUACAGUGUAGAGAGCUAAAGAGUGUUAGUAAAUAAUAAGCAAAAGACAAAAAAAGAAACAUUAUAUAACAAACAAACGGGAACGGCCCUUAAACCGGGGCAGCCCUGGAACGCUAGAUCGUUCAAUCAAACAACUAUAUACUCAAGAAGAAAAAAAAAACCCCAUUUU